AUGUCUCUUUUCGGUUCUCUCAUGGGCGACGUGGAGGACGAUCCAUUUUUUGGAUCUCACAUGCGCCAUAUGCGUCAAAUGAGCCAUAUGAUGAACUCUAUGUUCUCCGACCCUUUUGGGAUGAUGGGUGAUGGCCCACUCUCAAUCAUGGGUCCCAGACAUGGAAGUUCUUUGAUGCCCUUCAUGCCUCAGAUGCCAUCACUGAAUAGUUUGAUGUUUUCAGGUGAUCUUACAAACAGUAGAAUGGGUCCAGGCACCUCUUUCAGUAGCAGCACUGUGUAUAUGUCUAGCGGGCCAAACGGAAAACCUCAGGUAUACAGUUCAUCCAGCAGUACUAAGAUUGGUCCCAACGGGGUUAAGGAAACUCGCGAAACUUUACAAGACUCACGCACUGGUGUCAAAAAGAUGUCUAUCGGACACCACAUCGGCGAAAGAGCUCAUGUAAUAGAGCGAGAACAGAACGUGUAUUCUGGAGAUGCAGAGGAAAGGCAGGAGUUCAUCAAUCUCGAUGAAGAAGAAGCCGAGGAUUUUGACAGGGAGUUUCAACAACGUUCCAGUAUGUCACAAGCGUCCCGAGCCCACCGAGCCAUUGCUCCCGCGCCGCGUCACGAACAGCGUCUCGCACUUCCUGCUCCGCCCACCGUGUCCCCAAACGCCGAGACGUCCCACGUUCGUCGCCAGAGCAGACCUUCAGCCAGACGACCACUUAGGACCUCCUCUAGUCCCCUUACUCUACCUUCGAGGUCCGUUCGCGAGGUAUACGGCGGCUCCCACCCACAAAGGCACAGACAGAAACACCACAAGAGCCACUCGCACAGACAUACUCAGGACUAG